AGGCAAAGAGAAAAAGAAAGAAAAGAGAAGGGAGGUAGAAAAAUAUAAAAGAAGGACUGCGCGUAUAUUGUAACGACAACAACAACAAAGAUGGCGUUUAUGAUGCCUGUGAUGAAAAAUGAGUGGGACAUUUAUAAAACCAAUCGAAGCCGUAGAUCUUCCGAAUGUUCGAAUCCUCGUGCCUGCCGCAGUAGAAAGGUAUCGGAAUGUUCGAAGUCUGCGGGUCCGUCAUUGUCGACGUCACCGGGUUCGGAUUUUUUAACUUCGCCAGCCCAUCGUUCUAUACCCUUGACUUCUCGACAUUUUUCAAGAGCAUCCUCGAGAGCGUCUCAGAGCUCGCUACAGAGCCCGAGCAAAAGUACCGGCUCCUCACCCCCAAAGACCGGUAGUUCCAAUUCCCUCAACAAGUUUCACAUUUGUCUCGUCGAUAAGCUCAAGAGAAGUUUGAAGAAAGGGGACGACGACGAGGAAGAUCAAAGGAAUCUAUCAUGAAACAGUCCCGGGGUUUCGAGACGGACACGAGUGUCCGCUUCGAAACCGAUCGAGAUCCGUCGAACUUCGGCGCCCGUCGCGACAUUCGAGCCGAAUAGCGGAGUGGUGGCGCGAUCGUGUCCGGAUCAGCCUUCGGCGUGGUAAAUCAGAUAAAAACAAACAAACACACACACAAAAUAACAAAUAAUUAAAGAACGCGAGAAGAAACGAUCGGGAAACGAAGAUCGAGAAAGAAAAUAUGAUUGGGGGUAUAUUAUCAGCCGCGGGAGAGGAACAUUAUGAAUGAUAAUUACGAAGAAACGAGGAAAACUAAUCGAACGAAUUCGAUGAAGGAACGAUCUUGAAAUAUUAACAACACGAUGACGAUGAUGAUGACGAUGAUGAUGACGAUGACGAUGAUGAUUCAUUUUCUUGCAUUAUAUCAUCGAUAAAGAUAGAAAAUAGAGUAGAAUUUACUACUCUCUUUCUCUCUCUCUUUUUCUCUCUCUUUCUCUCUCUCUCUCUCUUUCUCUCGUUUUCCCCCAACAAUUUUUCUUUCCUUCCUUUGAUAAGCUACGUUCGAAGAUUCGUGACAAGAAAGAAAAAAAAGGAAAAAGAUGGGAGAUUCGUGGCUGUUUUUUGUUCCUUCUUCUUUUUUUCCAACGAAAUCUAAUUAUCUACGAAGAGAAGAAAACCAUUGGGAUUUCCCGAACGUUAUCAUCGAAGAAAGAAGGCUCUGAUAUCGAUAUAUAUAUAUAUUGUGCUUGAUAACGAUGAGAAAAUCUGUUUAGAAUCGUCGCCGAUCGUCGCAGCUUUCUUCUUGAAGGUUGAACGAACGAGGAAGAAAAAAUGGAAGCUGCCUGAUGUUGUUGCGUGCAGUUUUCGGUGCAUCUACUUUGGUGCACCAGACACGACUAGGAUCGAGGUCAGUGCCAAUCCAGAACGACGUUUCGCCAAUUUACCGAUAACAUCUUUUUUCUUCCUAUUUUCUUUCUUUUUUUUUCUUUUUUGUUUGAUUUUUUCUUAACUUUCUAAUCAUUUUUUUUAACCAUACCCUGCCAUCCCCCAUGAAAGAUCAAAAGAAAGGAUUUUUCCUUUCUUCGAAAUUCAUUGGAAAAGAAAAAGAAAACAUUUUUACGUUGUUUUUUAUUUUUUUUUUAUUUUUUAAGAAUCGUUCCAUCAUUCAAAUUCGUUCAAUUGAUUAUUAAAGUUCCUUCUUGUACUUAAGCCGUUUAAAAUCGAUUAAGAAUCAUCAAAUAUGAGUUCCGAAAAGAUCGAAUUCGCUUUUCUCUCUCUUUUUUUUUUCUUCUUUUUUUUCUGUUUUUCGAAUUCCUCGCAAAAAUCUCUUAAAGAUCACGGUUAUAUUUCGAAAGAGGGAAAAAAAAAAUAGUGAAGUCUAGUUGGAGCGAGAGAACGUCUCGAGGAUAUGAUAUGAUGCUGCGUACCUAAUAAUAAGUUCGGAUUAGAGAAAUAGUUCGAGUGUGCCGAUUUUUAGAGCCUAUUACGAAAAUGAUAUAAGCGUGCCUGGUGCGUAUGGAAAUCAGGAUUAGAUUUAAGAAAUGAUCCACUUAUUGUCACAUCAAUCAAUUUAUUUAUUUAUUUAUUUUUUUUUUUACGAAAUUCGAUCUUGCUUUUUAAUACCUAUUUAAAAUUGUUAAUUUUGUCUUCUUUCUUUUUUCAUUUUUUUUUAUACAUGCAUAUUUUUUCUAAAUCGGAUUCAAUAACGUUUGUUGCUUUAGAAAAGAUUAAAUAAAAUAAAAAAGGGAUAUGAUUUUUUUAUCUACAUUACACUUUAUUAUUACACAUGGAAUGGAGUAUAGAAAAGUUCUUAGGUGAUUUAAAAAAAUGAAUUGUAAUCUUUAUCGAAAAUUUCUUAUUUUAAGGAAAAUUCUUUUCCAGACUGUAAAAUUACAAGUCUACGAAAUUUUGACUCGCUUAAGAACUUUAUACUGAUCCUGUGUAUAUUAUCACAUAUAUAUAUAUAUUUUUCUUUUUCUAAAAUUGAAUGAAAAUAAGUGGAUUAUUAUUACCAACGAAACGACGUUGAUUUGGCACAGAGUAUAAUCGCUUUAACAAAAAAAAAAAAAAAAAAAGAAAAAAAAAAGAAAGUAUGGCUUUUAUUAACGGAGAGAUAUUUUUCAUAUAAGACGUAAACGUACACAACAGUGUUAAAAGAAAAAGGAAAAAAGGGAAAAAAAAAGAAAGUUUUUUCUUCAACGUACCCCAAUCUCCCACGCCCCCGUUUUACUCUUUCGAGAGUGGACCACCACUCUCGAAUUCGUUGCUUUCGAUUUUCUUUGAGAAGAAAAAAAAAAAGA